UACAACUAACAAAUUUUAUAAUUUAUUAUAAAUUUAUUUUAUUAAUUAUAACUUUAAGGUACACAUUGAAAAUGUUUUAUUACACUAAAGGGAAAGGAUCAUAACAUGUUGUAGUCCAUAUUCUAUUCUGUGUACUAUGCGAUCUAGCAGUUUGCAUUACUUGAAACGAAUUAUUGGCUCAAGGCAAACAUUCUAUUGUUACAUGGUAGAUUAAAUGAGUUUAGAGUGUUUCAGAAAAUAUUCAGUGAAGCCCUUUUCUCUUCUGUUAUACUUAACUUGAUGUGUUUGAUUAUGUCGAAAAACUUACCUACCGAAGUGCUUUUAUCCAUUUUAAAUCUUUUGCCCAGUGAACUGGAUAAGUUUUCAUUUGCUUUUGUGAACAAGAGGCACUGGAGGAUUUGUUCUUCGCCAACAACAGAUAUACUCAAGCUUGAAAGCACGAUCACUGCUCUGCAGCUGAGAAAGUAUUGCGCUUUUAUUGUACAAGACAGAUACUAUGAUAAAAAAUACAUGAAGCACUUCUUCUUGCACGCUGCCCGUUUACACACCAUAACACUUGAUAACCGUCAAAAGUGUACGUUUGAUUUUGCAUUAUUUCUACUUCGAUCUGCCAAUAUGAACAAGAAGGUUACCUUCGUUAUACCUGAAAGAUUUGAACGGAAAUUCACGUGCAUAGUGGAAGCAGAUGAAAUGGAUCACGUCACUAUAAAGAUUAGUGAGGACGAGCAGCUUAUUGAUAUCGCCAAAAUUGUCACUCCAGAAGCAGUUAGAACACAAGUUGAACGUGCAAAAAACAUCCUGAAACGUGAUUAUUACCUUGCCAACAAAGAAACCAUAGUCAUGAAGGACAACCUUAGCUACAUGAUUGCUUCUCCUAUCAACCGAUUCUUCAACUCCAAAGAAUAUCGCGUCUGGGAAAAUGACUUUAGUGAUGAUUUGUGUAUGAAGAAGACAAACCUGGAUGCAGUGGAAGCCUCAAGAAUCGUUAAUGAGUACGGACCUAAGCUUGUCGAAUCAGUGAUUAUAUUGGAAAAUCAUUGGUUUUUUAUGACUAGCUUUUCCUGUUUCAUUCACAACAACCACCAGAUCGAUGAUUGUGCCGACCUGUCAAAGGUAGGACACCAAAAAAAAGCCGUGGCUUUUAUCAGAAGAAAGACAAGACUUGGAAAAGACUAUUUUGAAUUGACUUACAGGUUUGGCUAUGUUGAAUUACUCGCAACAAGUGGAUUCUUUGGCUCAGUAGAUGGUACGUUUUUCUCCCCUUUCCUUGGGUCAUCAGUCCAAGAGCUUCCAGCCACUAUCACAGCAAAUUUUCAAAACAUCUCAACCAAUGUCAUUUUUAUUGCCAUCGAACAAAAAGAAUAUAUUUGCAAGAACAGGAUAAUGAACCAGUAUUAUAAGCUAAAUGCAAAAAACAACUGGGGAUUCUACAGCAAGAGGUAUGAGGACAACGGUUUCUCGCCAGCGAACCCGUUAUCAUUUGAAAGUCGGCAUAUUAUGCAUUCAGCUGCAUCGCUCGUAAUCAAGUCCUUUGCAUACCAAAAAAUACAGCAAAACGAGAUGAACGGGCUGCUACUGAAAGUGCUAGCUCAAGAUGACUUAUCUCUUAAUUCUGUUAAUAAGCUCAUUAAGAAAUAUCUUGUCUUUCUCAACCAGCAUCGAAACUCUUCUUUUUCUUUGUCUCCACCCAAAGAAACCAAAAAGGAGCUGAUUGAAAUUUAUAAUAACUCACUUGCUAGUGCCUUAAAAUCCUCCAACAUCAAGCACAUCAAGUUAGCCAAAAAACGAUACGCAGCAACAAAAAUUGAUUUCUUUGGAGAAGAGUGAUGACUUUUUUUUUUAGUGCGAUAGGCCUUUCAAUAUGUAAAUAAAUCAAUCCUUGAAAUGUUGAGUACUUGUUUAUUUUCAUCGUCGCUAUUUUUCAUAUUGCAUUGCUCUAAACAUCAUUGUAACUGCGGUUCUACGGUUUUCCAAACCGUUUUUCUUUAGGACCAGGUCUGUGCAUACGGAACCAUGAAUAACAAAGUUACUACUUAUUUGAGAUACUGUAGGCCAACCCUUUGAAUUUUUUUCUUCCUCGCCCUUUAAUUAAAAAAACCGCCCUUUGGCGUUGCUUUUACUGUAUAUAUGCUACACUCUUUUCUUGAAUUGUCGACACUGUUUUUUAAAAAAAACGCUACACUUUUCUACUAAAAACAUACGACACUUUUUUUUUAAAAGCGCGACACUUUAACCUUUUUUUUUUGCGAC